AUGCCGCGUAACGGGACUCAAGGCCGGGCCGUCGCCUCCAGACAAUCUGUGUGCCCCGUGUGCUACAACCUAGAUCGGGACCGUAUACCCGUGUUGAACCCGCCCGCCAAGUUUCCGACUCUUCUGUCAUGCGAGUUCAAGCAGCUUGCCAGAGCCGGCAAGAAGGGAUGCCAGACAUGCUACGCCAUCAAAGUAGGCAUGCUGCUCAUGCUGGGUCUCGACGCUCACGAGCGAAAGCUCAGGUUCAGUUUGUGUAUCGUCUGCAUAGAGCUCAGUGAUAUCGUCAGAGUGUUUUUCGUUACCGCCUACACCGAUCCCCAAGGCAACCUCGUUCCGAAUCCGCUGUCCUUUGAGGUUUUCACCCAGGUGGCCUUUGAGCUUUUCACCAAACCAGAAAAGCCGUCGCCCUGGCCCGCCUUCGGCCCGGCCAACGAGGUCACUCCGACCUUGCACUCCAAGCGUCGGCAAAAGAUGAUGCGUGGCUGGAUCGAGAAGUGCACUGCGUCGCACCCAACCUGCCGCGCAACCCUUCGCCACGGCGUCCAAGGCUCGGCUCCCAGGCGAUACCUGGACCUGGGCAAGGAUCCACGAAAUGGUGUCAAGCUGGUCGAUACUUCCGCCUCUCCCGGAUCUUAUGUCGCCAUCAUCCACGGCGUUGCCCGGCCCUUGCCGGUCCCUUGUUCAUUUACCACCGCCGAGAACCUCGAGGAGCGUCAGAGGCGCAUGGAAUGGUGGCGGAUCCCGGUGGCCUUGCAAGAAGCCUUGACAGUGGCCAACGAGCAGGGCGUUCGGUACGCUUGGAUCCCCGAUUUUUGCGUCCUCCAUGGCGACGUCGAAGACCACAACUGGCAUCUGGACCGCGAAGAUGCCAUCUUCCGGCAUGCGCACUUCACCAUUGCGCUGGCCGAUACCACCGAUCUCAGGCUCAGCAACUUUCGCCCAGUCCGUAAAGCUGACGCCGACGGUACCGACGAAAGGACCGGGUCCAGGACCAUCCAAAUCAGCCACCAUGGCCGCACCUACCCCAUCCAGGUCCGCCCAAGCAUGCAUUGGAGUGACUGGAUGAUGGUCGAGAGGGCAUUUAUGCGACCGAUGGCGACCAAGACCCACCUCUUCGCCCUCAGCCGUCGCAAGAUGGGCAUCUUGCGACACGCGCCAUCGUUUCAACGCUUUCUGCUGUCGCCCAGGGUCCUGCAUCUGCACAGGGCCGAGAUGGUAUGGGACUGCCUAGAAGGCUCGGCAUGCGAGUGCGGAGAUGAGCAUUACUUGAAUACCCAUGAAAAGGUCUCGCAACGGCUACCGAGAGAAAAGUUCCACACGAUGGGUUGUAUCGGAAACCUCGACCAUGUGUUGCAGAUGUACAUGAACCUGCCGCUCUCACAGCCCGACCAUAGGCUAGCUCACAUGACAGGCAUGCUCCGUCACAUCUCCCAGGUCACCGGUAAGCGGUACUUUGCCGCCAUCCCGACGAGCUCACCUGCGGAACUGGCGGGGGAGCUCCUGUGGAACCUCAACCCGAGCCCGGACCCUACCGAGUCCGGGACACAGCCCGUCACCAGAAGCUAUCGCCAUCACACCCCUUGCAUCCCCACAUGGUCUUGGGCAUCCAUGGUGCUUGCAGACGAUCAGGUCAUUGGAAGCGCCGCGUCAAUCCUACCCGGUUUGAGUCUCGGUCCUCUCGUCCCGAGCCCUUCUUUCCACUUCUGGGACGCCAGAUGCACAACGGCGCCAGGAAGCUCCGGAGAUGGUUUGCUGGCCAGCGCGUACCAACUCGAAGUUUCGGCCAACGUGGUGCGAGGAAGGGUGCAUGCCCCGCCAGAGCAGGUCAUCGGGAUGCACGAUGCACCACAGCUGCUUUUCACACCAGAAGCUGCACCCGGCGAGAUACGUUACAGACCCAUAGUGUUCCGACUGGAUUGCGAAGAAGUCCUCUCAUCGGUGAAAUCUAGUCAGAGUCCCGUGAAUUUCUACUUCAUGUCGCUCGGCAAGAUGAUGAUGAAAGAAGCCGUCGCUGACCCGCUGAACAUUGACGGCGUAGAUGUCGGUCUCGUCCUGCGCCGCUCCCAGCGGGAUUAUGCGCUCGGAUUCGAGCGGGUAGGUGUUUUCGCAAUACCUACGGGCUUUUACCUAGACUUUAGUGUACAACGGCUAGUCCUCGUCUAA